CUUGCUGUGUAACAUAUGGACCGGGUCACGAAGACUAUUAUUAACAAACAGCCUGGAAAUUCAUCCGAUAUUACAAUUAAGAAACUCGUAGUAUCCUAAUAUAUCUACGCGCAAAAUUUAAUUUCGUGGAAUGGUAAGUAAUACUUGGAAAACAAAUAAUAAAAUAGAACAGAUUGUAUAAAUGGAGUAAUCAUACGACCAAAAACCUCGCCGUGUCUUCAACGAGGAAAAUAAACAUGGAGUCAUUCACCAAAAGUUCCGCCGUUAGAUUACGGAGCUGUCACGAAAAAUACCUCUUCGCCGUUGACGACGAAAAAGCCGUCCGUCAAAGUUCCGACGGUACGUCACGGCAAUCAGUAUGGACGGUGGAGAUGGUGCCACGUAAGCCCAAUUUCAUCCGCCUCAAGAGCUGUUACGGCAAGUUUUUAACGGCGAGCGAGUCGUCGUUUUUAAUGGGUAUGACCGGAGAUAAAGUCAUCCAAACGCCGCCGUUUCGUCAGGCGCAGCACGAGAGCGAUUGGGAGCCAAUCAGAGACGAGUUGCCGGUCAAACUCAUGUCGUGGAACGGGAAAUAUCUGCGCGGGAACGGAGGAGCGCCGCCGUGGAAAAACUCCGUCACGCACGAUCGUGAGCCGUCCACGUCAGCGACCAAGAAAUGGAUCUUGUGGACCGUGGAGGUCGUUGUAAAUCCGGAGAAGGUUUCGUUCGCGGAUCGGUUCUCGUCGCCGGCUUCGAGUUUCAACUCCUCGAUCUCCGACGAGUCAACUCACGAGUCACCGGUUAGACAAUUACCGACUUUUGGAUCUUCCGAAUCAAUCGGGUCGGAUCCUGGGUCACUGGCAUCGGUUUCUUCUUCGAAGCUUAUGUUUACUCCGUCAAUGUCGGGGGCAUUGUCCCCAAAACCAACCGAGAGGAAAAAUUCGAAGAAAAAUGCAGAACAUGUAUCAGCGAUGGAAAUCUUUCGCUAUGCGAAAUCAGUGCGUUUAAGAAGCAUCGCACACGAGAAAUAUCUAAUUGCAGAUGAUGAUGAGGAGAGUGUGAUAAUGGGCCGAAAUGGGUCAUCUAAAGAGGCUCGAUGGAGAGUCGAAUUGGUACCCGGAUCCGAAAAGGUGAUCCGGUUAAAGAGCUGUCACGGUGGAUAUUUGACGGCGUCGAACGAGCGGUUGUUGCUGGGAGCGACGGGGCAUAAGGUGGUUCAGUCGAGGAGGAUACGAACCGGUGAACCGGCGGGAGAGUGGGAACCGGUUAAAGAAGGGGUAAAUGUGAAGCUAAGGAGCAGAAACGGCGGGAAUUAUUUGAGAGCCAAUGGGGGAGUGCCACCUUGGAGGAAUACGGUUACGCAUGAUUCACCGAACCGGACUGCUACGCAGAAUUGGGUGGUUUGGGAGGUUGAUGUGGUCGAGAUUAUGGAGAGCUCUCAUGGGACCGGUUGAAUCAAUAACUAAAGUUUUUUUUUUCAUCCAUUUACAUCUGUUUGUUUGCAACAUAAUUAAUUGAUUUUCUAGUUUUCUGACCCAAAAGUGAUUUUCUCGGAGUGUUUGAAUAUCCUUCCUUUUAAGAUAUAGGAUUUUGAUGCUCAUUUAUCAUGUUUUUUUUUUAUUUCUGGGUUUUGAAACACGUUAUGUUUCGUUGUUGUUGAACCUCUUUGCCUGAAACAUUCUAUUCAUAUACUUUUGUAAUAUCUUGGUCAAAUUUCAGAUCCAUCCAUGCUCAGAAUCAAUGGCAAUGUUUCAGGAUUAUCUGCUUACGUCGUUGUUAUAGGUCUUGUGAUUACUACAAUUAUGAAGUUUUUAGUUAGUUAAUGUAUGUUAUACUUUUAACUAGGUGAUUUGAGUUUGUGUAUGGAUUUAGACAGUCUAUCCAAACGAUUUUGUUUUUGUUCUUUUUUUCUUCCAAAUGUGACAUUCU